AGCAUCCACACUCGGGCUCAAGCCACUCGGGCUCAAGCGCUCCGCCGGCCCGCGGCCUCGGGCCCGAUGCCGCGGCGCCUCGGCCAGCAGGCCCGCGACGCGGGGGCGCUCGCUGGCACCCUGCUGCGGCUGCUCUGCUGCAGGGGCCGCCGCAGGCCCGGCGCGCUCACGGGCCUGCGCUUCCCGGUGGCCGCGCGGGACCUCGCGGGGCCGGAGGGCGCCCGCCUCCUCGAGCAGCUCCUGCGCCACGGGGGGCACCUGCCCCCGGGCGUCUCCGUGCGCUCCGUGUGCGCCCGUGGCGGCGCCAUCAGGGACGGCGUGAAGGGCGACAAGGCGGUGCUGCUCGUGGAGUACGAGGGGGAGACGGAUCUGCCGCGCCAGUUCUUCGCGAAGUUCAACCUGCAGAGCGUGUGGUCCCUGCCGAUGCGGCUCCUGGGGGAGGCGUCGGAGGUGUGCCGCUGCGAGGCGCUGUUUUACCACCGCCUGGCAGGCGAGGUCGCGGUCGGGGCGCCUAAGUGCUACUUUGUGGACUACAGCGACGUCACUGGCGAGUUUGUCUUGCUGCUUGAGGUGAUCGAGUUUGGCACGCAAUGUGUCCUCCCGCUGAAGCACCGCAUCCGUGAUGCUGCCACCCUGGAGGAGCAGUACCUGUUCGUUAGAGAGGGAGGCAAGAUGAAUGCGUCGCUCUGGGGCGAUGGGCAUCCAUGUCUGCAGGGCGCUCCACGUUUCGACCAAACGCAUCGCCAGCUGUGGGUCAUGGCGCAACUGAUUGCACGGCGCGGGCUCCACUUCACAGUGAAAAGGACAGUAGGCGGCAGGAAGGUCAACCAGAGGUUCAUGACAUGGUCACCCCCACCUGAGCUUGUCGGCAAAGAGGCGGACAUCAUCGGGGACAUGCCUGCGAUCUUGAGGUCGUUGUGCGAGGACAAGGACAUGGUGGCGUUUGGGCACAACGACCUCACUACUGACAAUGCGUAUUUCAUGCGGGGUACCGACGGGCAGUUGUCCUUUGGCGUGUUCGAUUGGCAGCAGAGUUGUAUUAACAACGUGGGCCAGGAGUGGGCGUGGAAUUGGCAUUUUUUGGAACCAGAGUUUUUAGAGGCCCACGAGGAUACACUGAUAUGUUGGUUAUUGCAGACAUACAAAGAAUCCGGAAUAGAGAUCUCUCGCGAAGCGUUCUUAGAGAGUUACGUGUUAGGCACGGUUCAGAUGUACGUUUUCGGGGGCGGCGCCAUGCAAAUGCUGCUGCGCGCCUUGGACAAGCGGGGCCUGCUGGAGUCGCUACUGCCGAACGAUCCGCGGUGUCGAGACGAGACCCUGGGCAAGGAUGUCACCGAGCAUAUCGUGGGGGCCGAGAUGACGCGCCGAACUUUUACCAACGUCUGCGGGAUUAUGCGGCGGCACGGCUUUGCUCGGGCGUGGAGCCGGUGGAGGGAGCGCCACGGCUGCCAUGAGGCAUCCUCGCGGGCCCGGGCCAAGGUCGACUGAUCGGCGACUCGUGGACAAGGCGAUCCCAGGGCGCAGCCCUCUUCCAAAUGCAGUGGGCACCUGGGCGUUGUCAUAAUCUUGGCCGUCUGGGCCUCCUGGUCUCUCUGCUCCCUCUUUCCUGCUUUUCGCUGCUUUUCUUCCCGCCUCCCUCUGCUCCCCCUUCUCCUUAUCGCUGUGUCGGCUUGCGGAGCAUGGCCGGCUGGACAAUUGCGGCCGUUGAGGGCCAGGACGUUCGACAGGAGCGCUCAUUCGCGCGCUCAUUCGCCCUCCUCCCCUCCGCCUCCCUCCGCCCACCCCUUGCUGUUCAAAAGCGCGGUGCCGAUGUGUUGUGCCUGGUCGGCUAGAGCGGCCGAGGAGGCCCAGGACGCCCGGCAGGAGCGGACAACCGCCCUCCUCCUCUCCGCCCUCAGCCUCGUUCGCCCUUCUCCCCCCCUCCUGUGGCAUCCUGGGGGGGUCCGUGCCCACGAGUCUGACCAGCAAAACAGGC